AUGAAAGCUGCGAAUUUGAUACGGAUUAUGCCGAUAUUACAUCAUUGUCCUCGAGUGUUCUUGACUAUGAAUAUGAAAACGGCCGACACUAUCACAGUAGCCGCGCGGAAAUUCUCCCAGGCCCACGUCAUCGGCAACGACAUAAGCCCAACCCAACCUAACUGGACCCUUCCCAACGUGGAAUUCAUCGUCGAGAACAUAGAAGAGACCUGGCUAUACUUCGAGAUCCAAGAAUCCGCCGUCUGGGCCUGGAGCGACGACGGCUCGCUAACAGCCGACUCACCGCUAUUUCAGUACGUGCAGGCUCUUGACGCAGCGGGGCAUGCGUUAGGUAGGGAGUUGAAUAUUUAUCACAAGUUGCAUGGGUGGUUGGUGGAAGCGGGCUUUGAGGAUGUGCAGCAGUCUACGUAUCUAUUGCCUUAUUCGCCUUGGCCGAGGGAUCCCUAUCUGAAGGAGAUUGGGAAGUUCCAGGCAGCGCAGGUCAACCAGGCGGUGGAGGCUUAUGGGUUGAGGUUGUUGACACAGGUUCUUGGGUGGGGAGCUGAGCCAAGUAAGAUUUUUCAGGCGUUGGUGAAGAAGCAAUUGAUGGAUCGGGGUUUGCAUGCUUAUGUGAAGGAGGUUGUUGUUUUUGGGAGAAAGCCUCUCAGUGCAUGA